CCGAAACGUCCACACACACACAGAGCAGCUCUUUAGCGCCUCCGUCGGAUGAGAGGGUCAAUUCUGCAGCACAGCGCCGUUACAAUUUGCAAUGGCUGCAGCUUUGUCCCGUGCUCUCAAAUUGCCUGGGAAGAAGGGCUCGGAGCUUGGAGAGUAUGACCCCCUCACUCAGGCCGACAGUGAGGACGAGAGCGAGGAGGACGACCUGGUCCUCAACUAUCCCCGCAAUGGCCUGGGGAGGGGCAACUGCAUGGGUACAGGUACCUCAGAGCUGAGAGGGAGCAGAACAGGGAGGCUCGUAGGGGAUGAAGAUGAGGCAGAGGAGGAAGAGGAGGAGGACGAUGAGUGGAGAGAACGGCUCCCGGGAAAAAAGAGGCAGGAGAGAGAGGAGAAGGGCAUGCAGUACUGGAGCCAGAGGGAGACAAACAGGGAUGAGGGAGUAGAGGAUGGAGGGGGGCUUGGGGCCUCUGGUGGCCCUGGAUUGGGUGUCAGUGCCAGUGCUGACCCGGACGGGAAGAAGGCUAAGGUGAGGGGAGCCAUCCGGGCAGCGUUUUUCCUGGUGCCUCUGGUCUGUGCCAUGCUGGUGGUGCUGCUGUGUGCCUUUUUGGUGCCUUGUCAGCAUGGGGAACUGGACAAACGGCCGCAGUGGGAGAAAGAGCUGGGUGAUCAUGUGGGAGGUGUUACCCCACCUCCUCUUGCACUGUGGGAUGUUGACAAUGACUCAGUUGAGGAUGUGCUAAUAGGAGUCACUCAAAAGAGCAACAAUACCCAUCUCUCCCGUUCUGUGGGGAACAACAAAGAGUACAGUGUGGUGGCCCUAUCUGCAUUCAGUGGUGAGGUGCUUUGGAGGAGGGUCCUCAGGGAACCUGUGGAGUCCAUCCAGUGUGGGCUGCAGUACGAAGCCCACCCAUCACCACUGCCAGCAGGGGGCGCUGCCCUCAGAGCCCUCCCCAACAGCGCCGUUCCCCUGUCUGGCCAGAGAGACAGAGCUAGUGGCCCCGUUUGUCUGCUCAUCGAGUCUGCACACCUCACUGCUGUCAACGGCACCACAGGGAAGAAGCUGUGGUCGGUAGCACCAGGGGAGAUCCAGUCCCAGGCAGUUUCCCUGACAGAUCUCCAAGGUGACUCUGUUCCUGACUUGCUGAUUGCCACUUUACCUGCUGACCAGGUGUCUGACCUCUCACUGCUCCUGCUGUCUGGGCUGACUGGAGCUCUGCUUGGACAUCCCGUGACCUUUAACGUCACGACCUUUAAUGUCUCUGGAAAGCUGAUUGGUCCCCUGUUUCAUCAGACACAGCUGGGGGCAUAUUACAUUCUAUUUGGACUAGGCACUGUAGAGGCUGUAUCCCUGGGAGAUAUUUACACUCGGGCUACUGGAAAAACACCCAUAUCCCCUGGUCUGAGACUGAAGGACCCCGGCUGGGAGAAGCUUAGGAAAACCAACUCCUCCCUCAUACACAUCUCCGGUGGAACUGAGCAAGUGGAGUUCUUGGUCCCCCUAGUGGCUGGCUUGUGUAACAACCACAACAGUCUGGACUCCAUCUCCAACCUCAACUCCAGCCGCAGUGACUGGGUGCUGGUGUGUGGCAAGCUCUCCAGCAAGCUUUCUGUGCUGAGAGAGAAGGACGCACACACCGAGUGGACUCUUACCUCCUCAGCCAUACACAGUCGUCCAGCACCAGGCCAAUUCAACGAUGAUGGAAUCCCAGAUCUCCUCAUACAGAAGUCUGGGGCCCCUAGAAUGAGAAAAGUUCAGGUGGUUGAUGGAGCCAGUGGGCGUAGUCUGUGGGAGACAGAGUUUAUUUGUCCACGCCUUGACCUGGAAGGUACUUCAAUCAUGACAUCUGGUCAAUCAGCUUUCCUUUUCUGGGCCGGUGACCCUGUCAGACCAUCAAAGAACCUCACCAAGACAACUGUGGCACCAGGGGCGGUUCAAGCCAUGCCAGUCAUCCGAAAGCUGUACAUGUUACAUCCUGCAUAUCCCACAAUCCUUCUGGAGCUCGCCAGCACCACAGACACCAUUCUUACUGCUGCAGUGAGUUACCAGGAGCCGCAGAAAGAUGCCUCCUACAUUACUGUGUCCUCCCGGCCUACCUCUGGCCUGGGGCCUGGGUCGCGGGUGGUGAAGAGCAUGAGCCUCAGGGCAGCAAUCACUGCUGGACAGAUUGUGAGGCUGGGAGAGAGCAGCACCGCAGGGGUACCAGUCAGACCUGGAGUAUUUGAGAUAAACAAGUUCUUCAGGCAUCUCACCUUCAAAAACCAUUAGGUAAAAAGGGGAGGGAACAUAGCUAAGUAUGUCCAGAAUAUGCUUUAUAUGACAUGAUGUUUGUGGUGUCUGUGUAGUUUCACUCGCUGGUUCUACAUGAUCAGAGGGAAACCACUGGCAGGACCAAACCUGUGAAACACUAUGAUACACACCAAGUGAAGGAGAUUUAUCUCAAGCUGUUUACAUUUCCACUUUUGUCCAAAGUACGAUUUUAAUUUCUAUUAUUACUCAUCUCACUUGCUGAAAAAUAUUUAUUUUGCUGUAUUUCUGUUAUAUGUGUAUAUAUUAUGAGUUGACUUAUUUAUUUAUGACAUGUCCUUUUUAUUGAAUAUUGAAUUUAAUAUAUCAAUGACUAUUUACCUUGUUUGGGGUGAAUGGAAAUCAAAAUAUGUAAGUAAGUACAUAGAAGAUACUUCUGGAGAUCAAGCAAUUGAGGUCUGUGUUCAAGCAGAAUUACCCAGUUAUGUAAAGGGGGUCUGUACAUAUUUUGGCUGUGGGGGAGAGUGGGGUAUGCUGAGCCAUUUUUUUACAUUCAACAUCACUACAUCAAGAAAAAUACAGUAUUUGUUCCAACAUUGACAUCUACAUAUAUUUCAGGAUGUUGUGUAUCCCUGAAAAUAAUCAGAAUUCAUGUAAACAUUUAAGUUUUGAAAACAGCUCAUUUAAAAAAAAGUGGUUUCUUGGCACAACUUACCCCGGGUAUGCAUAGGGGACAGGGUAGGUUGAGCUGCCUUGGGGUAAGUGGGUGCUGGUAGGUCAAAGUUUAAUUCAUGGAAUGGGGUGUGGUAUGUUGUAUAUCUGAAAUGUAUGCCUACAAUCAGAUAUAGAUCACUCUAUUCAAUAUCAUUAACACUUCCAUUUCUUGACCAGUUGUCAGCGACAGGGAUGUCAUUUCCAUGUGCCAAUUCAUAGGCAAGUUCUCUGCAUGAGGCUACAUAGCCCAUGAAUGCAAAAAAAUAUAUAAACAAUUGUGUACUAAGCCCAUGAAACUGGUCUGUGAGAUUCUUGAUAUGUUUUGCAAGCUCAGACUGACUUCAGAUAAGACCUUGUUUGCCUCUGCUACUUAGUCACAUGAUUAAUGUUGUUGUAUGGUUUCUUAGAAACAAGGGGUGGCUAAUGUAACCUUAUGGCUCAGUUUACCCCACUCUCGCCUACAGUAUUUAUUGAUAUGCUACUUACUGAAAGGUUUACAUUUCCUUAAUAACUAUUGUAGUGAUGAUACAUUAUUACUGAGUGCCAUGUGUGGUAACUGUGCAUCUUAUUGCUAUUGGUACUUGUAAAUAUUAAUAUUGCUGAAAUACUAGAAAACAUUUACAGAUCACAUGAAUAAAUAAAUGUACUGCUGCAA